AUGCCAUCGUGGGUUCCACGGUCAAAGCUGGAAUGGGCCUAUUUCGGGUCGACUGCGACGCAGGCUGUUGCAAUUAUUCCUGCCCAGGUCACAAUAUUGGUCGUUUAUCUGCAAUGGGUCAACUCAGUCGUAUACCAAGUUCCACUCGCAUACGUCACACCUCUCACGUUGGGCACGACGGCUUUAGGAGCACUUUACCAGUUGGCUCUGACCCUAGACGCAUAUCGAAUCAAGAAUAACAUCCAGCUUUUCGUGCAGUGCGUCUGCAACAUCUGCUUGUCUAUCGCAACAGUGAUGCAAUAUAGCCAGAUCAAAGAAGCCAACCGCAGAAUUCUGAUCAAUCACGACAUGUACGGGACGCCUUUCGCCAAACAUGAAUGGAAAUUUUGGGAUCAUGUUUCACCGGCGCUGAUUACAUGUAUCGUUGUUUCAUGUGCGUGCAGCGUUGCGAUGUGUCUCUUCGCGUACGGUUUGUAUCGGGAGUUUUCCUGGGCUUUGUACGAGCAAGUCAGCCCCGAUCGGAAGAUGCGGCUACGGUAUUUCGCAUACCAAAUUUAUCUCGUCAUCCUCAAGUUCACGCCUUUCUUUAUUAUCAGCUUCAUACUUCUCUAUGAUCUGAUUGACGUACACUACGUGGAGCCAGAAUUUUCUCUUACGAUGGCUAUCAUCCCAGUUGCACUUAUACACGUCGGUCUUGCAGUGUAUUUUGUGCGAAUUGAAACGUUCAUUGGAAUGUCAUUUGUGCUUGUUGGACAUGUGGCUGAGAUCGUUUACCUUGUGAGCAGAAUUGUUGUUCUUAACAGUCGCUCACGACUUGCGAACACAUUGCUCAAGGAUGAGAUGGUUUUUAUGGCCGUGGUUGCGCUGGGUUUUUCCGCGAUCGCCUUUACCGCCGGCUCAAUCUGCGUUACCAACUUUAGAAAGGGUCUGAAACCUCUAGUAUUGGGCCAAGUUCAGCGCAAAAGGCCCAACAACGACUUUGAAAACGACUACCAAUUCCAACGACUGAAUCACAACGUGGUAGCUGCGCCCGAGCAAGCACGACGAUUCGCCUUGGAUUGA